AUGGUCAGAGCUGAUAUCACUGGAUAUACGCAAAGCUUUCACGACCUGUCCCGCGUGAUUCCUUAUCUUGUAACACCUGAAUACAAGCGUAUCGAGCGCUACAUCUGGGGACUUUCUCCCAAGAUUCGGAGUUUGGUUACUGCAGCUAAGCCCACGACUAUUACUCAGGCUGUGACUAUAGCCGUGAGCCUCACUGAAGACGGGGUCAGGAUGAAUAUAUUCUCAGAGAAAGGUGAUGAGAAGAAGGAAACACAUGUCGAGUCUUCCAACAGUGGGAAGAGGACGCGACAGAAUAACUCGCAAAAGGAUGCAAGGGCGUUUGUAGCCACAAACGACACUGGUCCUAAGAAGUACGCUGGUACUUUACCCAAGUGUGAGCCUUGCAAAUAUCAUCAUUUGGGCGAUUGUCGGGUUGUCAAGUGUGACAAGUGUGGCAAGAAUGGCCACCGUGCUGAAUCAUGUUGGGGAACGGGAAAUAAUACUGGAUCGGGAAGUGGAAAUGGUAACAAGAAUGGGAAUGGAAAUGGGCGUGGUCAAGGAUGCUUUAGAUGCGGAAGCAAGGAUCACUUCAAGAAAGACUGUCCUAAAGAAAACCCAGCUCAGGGUAGGGCAUUUGUGAUCGGAGCAAAGGAUGCGCGCCAAGACCCUAAUGUGGUCACUGGUACGUUCCUCAUCAACAAUCAUUUCGCAUCCAUAUUAUUUGAUACCGGUUCCGAUUUUAGUUUUAUUUCUAUGGACUUUAAAAAUAUUGUGGGCAUAGAAACAAGUAAGUUACAUGUGCCUUACUCAAUAGAAUUGGCAAACGGUAAACUAGUCGAGUCCGGGGAAGUUGCUAAGGGAUGUUCCUUAGAACUUGGCGAACAAACAUUCAAAAUCGAUCUCUUACCCGUGAAGUUGGGUAGUUUCGACGUAGUGGUCGGCAUGGAUUGGUUAUCCGAUAACCGAGCCGAAGUCGUGUGCCAUGAGAAGAUCAUAUGCCUACCACUAGCGAACGAAGAGACACUUGUUAUUCAUGGAGAGAAGCGCGACAUGCCAAUGCGGAUUAUCAACUGUAUGAAGGCACAGAAGUGCUUACGGAAGGGUGGUAUUGCAUUCCUUGCGCAUGUUGUUGACAAGAAGGCCGAGGGGCCGUAG